UAUGGAUUUUUAAAAUAUUCAAGUUGGUGUUUAUGUUUAAGACAUAAUGUCAAUGUCACUAAUCAAAAAUGUUAUUAGACAACAUGAUUUAACUAAGUAAAUUAAAUAAAAUGAAAGUCACAAAUUCUUUCCUAAUCCUAAAAUAUUUAACAUAAAAUCUUGAUAUAAUAGAAACAGUGACAAUGAGUUACAGUUCCUGCUUUUUAACAGAUUAUAACAGAUAAUUGAAUUUUAUAUGUAAAAUUGUUUCAGAAUGAAAAAACAACCUCUCACUAAUGACCAACUUUAUUUUUAUGAUCUUAAUUUUGAUAUUAGUUCUGUACUCCUACACGACGACGCAGAACCAAUUCGCAGCGACGGCAUCCGCCCUUAGACAGAUCUGGUCUGGCGGCUGUCCCUUGUCAUGCCGACACAGCGACUACAGCUAUAUCAGUGGUCUCAGCAGCAGACCAGAGAGCCAGACCGGCCAAUGUCGAAACCUACCACUGCGCCAUGCACAUACUUUCGAAGGCUGCGCAUGCGAGAACUGCCCUUGCGCCCUCAUUGAAAACUUUAUCAGUUCAUGCAGACCUGCUUCAACUAUGUACAAUCAAUUUAUGAACUGCACAACCAACUGCAUUGAUUAUUUAAUGCAAAUGUUAACUAAUGAAAUUAGCACAAAGCAAAAUUCAAAAGAAAAUAUAAGAAUUCAGAAAAAUAGAGACGAGAAAGAAAAUCUCUUCGAUAAAAGAAAUUACGAAGCUGGAAGUAGCGGUCCAUUUAUAAAAACUGAUGAAAAAGAUGAUAAGAAGAAAAUAACAAAAGAUAAAAAGGAACGAGAUGAUAUAGGGGCACAAUCAAAGAAUGAAAAGCCUUCUAAUGAGAGCUCCGAAGUAGGAAUUCUUAAUAGAAAGGGCAAAAAAGUAUCUAACAGUCAUCCUUCUUUAUGCGGAAGAAAUUCAGAUAAUACUAUAGAAUACGAACCUACGUGUAGCGCAGCCGAGGCACCAUCCCAAAAUAAUGGCUGUUCUAAAUGUUUAAGUAAGGGCAGAACUUGUGUAAAAGAUUGCCCUAAAGCCACUAAAAAGAAAUCAGAAAAAAUAGCUUUGAUUGAUUCUCAUUUAUUUUGUAGUGUCUCGGAGAAAAGUCUACAAGUGGUCGACUCAUUAAUCUGUUCCACAAUAAAUGCACUUUAUGAAGGAAAAUUAAAGGUUUACUCCGUCCUAUCAAAAUACGAUAGAAAUGAUUAUUGUAGAAUCGGCGGUUGCGGUGAUGAUGUAAUAUAUUGUGAAGAAACAGGCAAGGAUGACAUUGACAGGGUGAUAGAAGACGAGUUGACGCAGAAACUCGGUGAAGAUUUGCUUCAAAGCAUACAGAAGAAAUUUGAGGUUGACUUAGAAAGGUCUGUAGAUAUGGUGUUAAUGAAGAUAAAGUUGCUGCUGCAGAAUGGCACCGAACACAUCCAAGAGAAGCUGGAGGAACUUCAGACUAUGCUCGAAACCAUGAAGAAGACCUCAGAGAAUGAUGUAGAUGCAUGUCUCAACGCUCGUCAAAAUGAGACUUCAGCUUUGGCUGAGAAAGCUCUGCAUCAGAUGGUGGUGUGUGGGUAUGCGCUGAUUGGCCACGACCCUGCAGAAGCUGUGCGGAAGGUGCUAACCCUCAAGACCAUGAUAAGUUCCGAAAUGAAACCUUUGCACGAUCAAAAACAAGAGGUGUUAGGUUUAUUGAAAGUCUGCGGGCACGACCACGACUCCCUGAAAAAGGUCAUCAAGUGCGUCAUCUCCAAGGCGCCUGCUAUCAAAACUACAAUGAUGGAUAUCACCGGGAAAUUGAUAGAUGGAGUCGUUACUUUAACAAAACUGAUGGCUCAUGGCGCAAUGCACGAAGCUUGCCUAAUCGAAGUUAUUAAGACAACAGAAGAUGAAGCAUUUCAAUUGGUAAAAGAGACUCGAAAAUGUGUUGAUCGCAACAAAAACGUAACUACACAAGAAGAACUCGAUAAAUAUAUCAAAGAAAAUAAUGCGACUAUUCUUGAUAUUAAUUUGAAAAAAUCAAGUAAAACUGUAAAUAAUGAUGAUAAAGAUUUGAAAGAUGUAAUCAGGAGAAUGCUUGCGCAAGAUGACGUACAAGAUUUAUAUGAUUUCAAAAAAAAGUUUAAAGGUAAGAUUCAAGAUGGCGAAGUAGCCAAUAAAAUAUAAUAUCA